AUGCAUCGCACUUAUUCUAUGCGCCAGUCGCGCCUUCCGACUGCCUCGCAGAUCGAGACCCCUCCUCCGCCAUUGUCCACGACAAAGACGAACAGACUGUUCGGGAAGGGUGGUUUUGGCCAUGCCUUGCGCAAGAACACUGCCGGCGCCUUCGGGCCUGACCUGGCCCGGAAACUUUCCCAGCUGGUGAAAAUGGAGAAGAACGUCAUGCGCAGCAUGGAAAUGGUGUCAAGGGAGCGCAUGGAAACUGCUCAACAACUUUCCAUCUGGGGCGAAAACUGCGACGAGGAUGUGUCCGAUGUCACCGACAAGCUCGGCGUGUUGCUCUACGAGAUCGGAGAACUGGAGGAUCUAUUUGUUGACCGCUACGACCAGUACCGUGUCACCAUCAAGAGUAUCCGGAACAUCGAAGCUUCCGUUCAGCCCAGUCGCGACCGGAAGCAGAAGAUCACCGAUGAGAUUGCAAAGCUCAAGUACAAGGACCCCGCUUCCCCCCGCAUCGUCGUCCUGGAGCAGGAACUAGUCCGCGCGGAAGCCGAGUCCCUUGUGGCUGAGGCUCAACUCUCCAACAUCACUCGCGAGAAACUCAAGGCUGCUUUCCAGUACCAGUUUGAUGCGCUCCGUGAACAUUGCGAGAAGGUGGCUCUCAUCGCUGGCUAUGGCAAGCACCUCCUGGAUCUGGUCGAUGACACGCCGGUUACUCCAGGCGAGACCCGCCACGCCUACGACGGAUACGACGCCAGCAAGGCCAUCAUCCAGGAUUGCGAGGAAGCGCUCUCCAACUGGGUCACUUCCAAGGCUUCGGUCAAGCCCACUCUCUCGCAGCGUUCGCGCACUCUGUCCCAACGUCACCGUGACACCCUCAAGGGCCGUGAAGGCGUCGACCUGUCCGGACAGGACCAGCCCCUCGGCCGUGAUUCUUGGCUACCGGCCGACCAACAUCCGACCUACCAGCAUGAGGUCGAGGACGGCGAAGACGUGGCCAGCACCGUCGAUGGAGAGACUCGGGGCCGAGAAGAGGAGAGAGAGCCCGUUACGGUCUCUGUUUAAACAAAAUGUCCAGUAACUGGGGAGCAUCCAAUUUUUAGUUGCGAUGCCCUCGAACAAUCACAUACUCUCUUUGAGCCCACUGGAGUAACUGACUGAUCUCACAUCUUUGUUUCUAUAUUGCGGAUUGUGAUUCCCGCCUGACGUGAUGUUAUCGUUCUCCUUGAUGCUUUUUGUUUCUGCCACCCCGAUGAGCUUCUUCACUUACGAUUAAUCAAAUCCCUAAUCAUACCUGUCCCGAAAACACCGAUCGAGCCAUGUUCUCCCACCAUCCCUCGCCUCCGCAAGCAACAAUACAACCCCUUGCUUUGGAGCGGAAAUAAAAAAAACGAAACGGACAGGAAUGGCUGGGACAUCAACAGGACAGGGUUAGAUCGAUGGGACUUCCUCUACUGUCUAAUGCAGUAAUGUAAUAAUAUACCACGGGCGAGGAUGACGGAGAUGGG